AUGUCGAAUAACAGUAACCAAACAUCCGAUUAGAAAUAAUCUUAGGAGUCUCUGAGUAAAGAGAGUUCAAGUUCGUCGAGUUCCUCCUCAUCAUCAAGAACUUCUUCCAUCUCAAAGGCUUCUAUCACCUCACAAUAAAAGAAAGUUGAAGAAAGAAAGCUAAAGCCUACUUUCUUAUCUAAGAGACCUACUAAAUUACACUCAAGAGAUUCAAGAGAUCACCUUAAUCAUAGUCACCAUCAUCACAAUCCAAUCCAGUCCAAGGAUGAUGACCUCCAAAGAUUCAGCGAGGAAAAUAGAUUCCGAAAUAUCACUUAAGAGAUUAUAGCACCAUUCAGAAUAAGCGACAUUGAGGAAUUAGUUCUAGUUGAAUAAAGAAAAAGUAAAAUUAACUUCGAUGGAUUAAUGGAGAAAUUCAAAGUUUACAACGAUCGAGUCAACGAUCUGCAAAAAGAAUUUUAGGCCAUUGACACAUUGUUCUUAGCAAGAGACUCUAAGAUAGACACUAAUUUUCAGAUAAUGAUGGAUCAUAAAGUGGAGGUGAGCACCUAGCUUAUGAAUUUCUAGUAGAUAUUGACUAAUAAAACGGAAGAAUUCGAUUUCAGAAUCAGAGAUAAUGAUAUGAGAAUGAAGAGCAUUGAGAAUUUUUUCAAAAACAAUAGGGAAUUUCUGGAUGAUAUCAAUUAGAAACUAGCUAAACUUGAGUAUUAAGCGGAUAAACAAUAUGAGGAAGUGUCAGAAUUUAUGCAAAAAGACAUUAUAUCUAUUAAGCAAUCAAAUUAGAGAAUAGAAGAUUAAAUUAGAGCUAAUAUGCUUAAUUUCAAUGACUUAUAUCAACAACUAGAAUUAACUUAAGCGAGAGUAGAGCCAUCAUUUAAAAGUCUAGAUACUAUUCAGAAUUUCAUUGUCAAUUCGCUUCCAUUACUUAUACACUUGCAUGUCAGCGACAGUCUUUAAGAAUUCUUAAACGUUUAAGACAGAUUGAAACUAAUCCAAUUCGAUAAUAAGAAAUUGCAGCAGUUAAGAGCAUUUGUAGAUAAUUCAUUUUUAAGCUAAACCAACUUAGUAACUUAGAGCGAUAAUUAAGCAAGCAAAGAGAGUAUUGUAUUGAGCGGAAAUUUAUCUGAGAUUUAGGAGAAUGAAAAUGGAGAUACAAUUACGACUUAAGAGAUCAAAGAAAUUAAGGACAAGACUUACUUAGUCAAAAAUCUGAAUCAGAGACUUGAUAAUCUCUUAAAGUUUAUGAGUGAAAAAGAAAAAGGCUGUCUAAGAUUUGAAUAUGGCAAAGACUGGAAAAAGUAGAUGACUGAAGAGUAAAUAAAUCAUAUAGAUAGAAGCUAUCAAAUGAUUCUUGACUAGAAGUAUAAUUAUCUAGAGAAGACAAAUAAUAUGAUUAAGGAAAAUGAGAGAAUCAUUAGGGAAAAGAAGCAAGAAGCUAAAAGACUUUUAUAAUAAAAGAUAGAUCUGGUGCAUGAUAGCCCGAACCGCAGAAAUAGUAUAAUUAAUGAUUAAAGUUAGUCAUCAAUCAGACCUAACAAUGAAAUUGUUUUCUAUAAGGAGUUGAUUUUAGUAAGGACUACUACAAAGAGUAUUAUUCAUAGAGAAACUCUGAAUGCAAGAAGGUUAAAAAGCAGGUAAAUAAAAAAUAGAAACUAGUAGAAGAUGAUUUUAAAUCAACUUCUCAAAGAGUAGGAUGAGUUAUAAUCAGAAAAAGAUUUCUCUGAAGACUCAAGUGGCGAGGAUCCAAACAGCCCUAAAAAGCAAAUUAGUAGAAGUCCUACCUCUGGCUAAGUGAGCAAAUCGAGAUAGCUAUUGCAAAAGUAAUUUACUGAGAUAAAGCAUCUCUUUGACCCUGAGGAUAAAAAGUCAAGGCUUUAAUCAAGAAAAUAGAGUAGUCCAUCAGGAAAGGGAAUAAUCUAGAAAAAUAAUCAUAAUCAUUCAAGGGACUCUGAAACUGACCCUUAAUCUUAGCUGAGUACAUAUGACUUGCCGUCACAUGUGAAAGAACGAAUGCAGAUAUUACUUUAACUAGGAUUUAGACAAACCUAGCGACUUUAGAAAAAAAUCAAUAGGUUGGUCUAGAUACACAAAGAGCAGUCAAUAACUUAAAAUCAAUCACUGGAGAAGGGUAUUAAUAAAAUGAAGAAAGUAAAAUCCAAGUUUACAGAUAUGGUUGACUAUCUAGAUUCUAAGGUUAAUGAAUAGAUUACUAAGUAUAAUAAGAACGUUGAGAAUAUCCAAGAAGAAUUCUAGAUUUUCAAAGAUACUAUCUAAUCAGAGUACAUAGAUUUCUUUAAGAACAGAAAAAGGAUAGCAACUGAGAUAUCGGUAAUGACUAAAUCUACGAAUGAGAGAUUAGAUAACUUUUCAAAUUUAAUUGAUAGAUUUAGCUCUAAUCAUGAGACAGUAAACUAAAUCAUUCCUAUUCUAAUUGAAAGUCUCCACCUUUAAAUUGCUGCAUUUUUCAAAGAUAAUUAAGAUAGAGAAACCUUAAGCAUGAGUUUAAGACUUGGGGAGAUAGCAAAUGAUGGCUAUCUAAUGGUUGACUAGGUUAAAUAAUCUAAAAAUAACGGAAUAAGAAUUUCAAGCCAAUCAAACAACUUCAAUAUGACUUCACCCAUUACAAUUGGUAAAAAAGACUUUAUAAAUGAGAAUAUCAAUAGUCAAGUGAUGCCUCAAAUUUAAUCGAUUGAUAAAAUUGCUAGAAUGACCCCAGAUAUUCCUAUUGCAGAAAAUUAUCAAGGUUCACUUCACAUGAAAUCUACAUCAUAUAGAAAAAAUGAACUUAGCAGAAUAUAAGUGUUUAAGAUUCAAUAAUCUUUCAUUGAAAGACUAGAAAAUCUUAUACUUAAUCAGUAAAUCUUUGCUGAUUCUGGAUUGAUCCCUAAAGUAAUAUUUGAUGAUUACUAUCUAGACCUAUUUGGGUAAAUUUAGGCUAAUAUAAACAAAAGACCAUAGACAACCAUGUCAAAUGGAAGAAAAUAGGUACCUAUAUCUUAAUCAUUCCAAAAUAACUCAAUUAAGACUGCAUAGCUCAAUCCAGACUAAUCAAUGUCUGAUAUAGAUAGAGAUUCCAAAAUGAAGUCAAGAAAUACAGGGGUUCAAAAUAUGUCUAAAUCUGUAGGAGUUUCAAAUGCUAGGAUUCAUUAAUCUAAUGCAGCCACUAAUACUUCAGCUGUUAUAUCAAGCAAUCUGAACCCACAAAGAAAGUAAAAUAUACUAGAUUGCAUAGAGUAAAAAACUUAAAAAAUUGUUGAACAUGGUCUACGGAGAGAUUCAAUGAUUUAAGAAUUCCUUAAUAGAACAAUGGAUGAAAAUCAAAAAAGUAAUACAAAUGUUCUAGGAAACACUCAAACAUCAAUUGUUUAUGACUUAAAUUCUUUGGAGUCUUAUGAUAUCAAACCCAAUACUAUUUUAAUUGAUAAUGUGUCACCAAUGAGCAGAGAUAGGCAUUCACCAACAAGGCUUCAUCCAGUAAUGAAUUUAACUCAAACUGGAUAUAAACCAAUGAAGAAUAAAUAGGUGGGUAGUGGGGUGAACUACAGCUACACAAGCAAUGGAAGAGUUACUGAGAUGGGCAAAAAAAGACCAAUUACCCAGGAAAAUUAAUAAAACUCUGGAAAUAAGAAAAAUAACAAUCUCAGUCAAUCCCUCCAUAAUGGAAUAGUUUUAUAAAAUAAUUCAAGUAAACCUGGCACAUCUUAUAUAAAGAGAAGGAAUAUUAAUACUGUACUCUCUCACUUGGACUAGUCUGCCUCAAGAACAUCCUCACUUCUUAAUAACAAUAAUUCAUUCAAGCCUUUGAAUGAUUUAACUCAAUCCAAAUCUAAUUAUAAGACAAAUGUUCUUCUAGGAGCAUAACAUAAAAUUUGA